AACUUUAUUCCUUUCCUUCUCCAGCCCAAAGCAACAAGAAACCACCAUAACUGUCCUCUUCCCUUCAUUGUUCAAUCCAAUUCCUUCCCAACUUGCCUUCACCCUCACCACUACAUCAUGUCUUCUUCCUCUCCGGCCACCGUUGAUGUCCACUCCCAACUCCAUCUCCACCAGAGCCAUACCCGUGCCGCAAGAACUCGCUUCUACGCCCACCGAGUUCGUGAGAGCCUCACAAGCCGCAUCGCCAUGUUUCUAUGCUCCAUUCUCCUCACCCUCCUCUUCAUCUCAGGCAUCAUCAUCCUCAUCCUUUGGCUUAGCCUUCGUCCCCACCGCCCUCGCUUCUACCUCUCCUCUUUCUCCACCCCCUCCUUCUCCGCCGUCACCUUCGAUAUCUCUGACCGCAACCCUAACUCCAAAAUCGCCAUCUACUACAGCGACAUUAGUGCUACUGUGUUUUAUGACAACCAACAGCUAACAAAUGGUAUCGUCCAAUCCGCAUUCUACCAGCCGCCAAAGAACACUACGGAAAUUGUUGGCCAGCUCGUCAUCGCCAGCGGACAAAAUAUUGCUAGAGAUGCGAGCAUCGGUCGGGUGUCAUUACGGCUCGAGCUCAAUUCAAUUGUCCAAUUCAAGCUAUCCACAUGGGACACUCAUCACCACAACAUGCACAUAAGCUGUGACUUGGCUGUGGGGUCUGAUGGAAACCUCUUGCCAGAGUUCCAAGGGGAGAGGUGCUCCCUCUACUUCGGUUAAUCACAUAGCAUUAUCACCUUUAUUUUAUUGGUUAUAUUGCCUUUUCUUUUCCUAUUUAGCUUAACAUUUACUAUUGUUGCAUUGAUUCAAAUAUUAAUGUCUGUCUAAAGAUGGGACUUUAGGGUUGUAAAAUUCCAAAUCACUUAGA